AUUUAAUGAACUUGAUACCUGAAACAGAUAAAAUAGAUAUGGCAUAUUUAAAGUCUGAACGAAUCGGGAAAGUGAUUACAAAAGGUUUGGCAGAGUUGUAUCGAGUGAAACCAGAAUUCCCAAUAGAGUAUUUUGCAAAGUGGUUAUUGAAUCAUAAUCGAACAGAGGGAAAUAGAGGUUCAAUGCAAGAGCAUUUGAGUAAUAAGGAAGCAUUAAUGUAAUGAAUAGAAAUACUUUAGAGAGUAAUAGAAGAAAGAAUAAGAAGUUUAAGAGGAGAGAGAUAGAAGAGAGAAACAGUUACAAGAUGAAGAGAAUCUAAGAGAAAUGGAAUUUUAAAAUGUAAUAAAAACUCAUGAAUUUCAUUAAAAAUUAUUAGUGAAAGAUUUUUGUAAUCAUCUUUAAAGAAAGGGUCUUACAGGAGUAUAUGUAGGAUAUGUUGAUUUUCCAAAUAAAUAAAUAAAUGAAAAUGAUGACGAUGAAAAUGCACAUCUUGAUACAGAAUAACCAAAAUUAAUAAAAUAUAUUGGUGCUAAUGAUGAUCAUAAUUUUAUGAUAGGUCAAACACUUCCAUUAAAUGAUAUAGGAGUAACAGGUGAAGUAUUUAAAGAUAUUCCACCUCCAGAAGAAGGUCAAUUACCAUAAUCACCUAUAAUUUAUAUACCAGAUGUUACUAAAGAAUAAAAGCUUGUUUAUUUUAAAUGGAAAAAAUUAGGUGCUUUCUUAGCUAUUCCACUUAUUUAUUAAUCUUGUUUAUUCCCUGCUUCAUUAGAUGCUGGAAUUGAAGAAAGAUUGAGAUUUAAAAAAGCAGACGUAGAAAAGAAAUUAGAAAAAGAAAAUAAAAUUAAUGAAUUUAAUGCAAGAAUUAAAGAAGCUACUGAUACAGAAUAAGAUCCAACUCCAAUCUAAGAAGAAUUUGAUUAAUAUUUAGCCAAUUGGCAAGAUGAAAGUGAAGCACCUUUUCAAUCUUAAAAAAGAUAAUUUGUUAUUUGUUUUGAUACUCUAGGGAAAGAUGUUGGAAUAAGUGAAAAAGAUAGAAAAUAUUUUGAAGAUUAUAUUAAUUUAUUUGCAUAAAGUUGGAAUCAAAUGGAAUGCAAAUUAUUAUCAGAUGAUAUUGAUCAUAUGAUUACUUAUUAAGAAUAAGGUCUUAAAGAUAGAUCAGAAGCAUUAACUAUUUAAGAAGAAUAAGCUGUUGAAUCAUAAUAAUCAUAAUAUGAUGAUUUAAAAGAAAAAGAAAAAGAACAUUAAUUUGCAUUAUUAUCCAUUAGAGCUAAUACUGUUGCUUAAUAAAUCUAAUAAUUAUAAUAAGAAUUGUUUUCAUUAAAAUAAGUUAGAGUUCUUAAAUAUCCUGGAUUACUCUUAGCAUUGAUGCUGUUUCUAAAUUAUAAUAAAGAAAAUUUAUUAGAAAAAGGAACUAAUCAAUUAGAUUGGAAUGGUGUUAAACAUUAUAUAUGUGAGGACUUAAUUUAAAAAAUACUUGAUUAUGAAUACAAAGGAGCUAAAACUGAAGAAGUUCCAAAACAUGCUAAAUUAAAUAGAAUAUAAAAAAGAAUUGCAAAAGUCACUGUUGAAUAAGUUGAAGAAUAUAAUGUUUGCUAUGCUAAAAUCUUAAAGUGGAUGCAAUAUAUCAUCAAAUUAAGAAAUUUAGAUGUUGAAAUAAGAAGAGAAAAAAUUGCUAAUCUCAGAAAAUUGAUACAAGAAACAACUGAAUAAGUUGCUAAAAUUAAAGAAGUAAUUCAUUUAAUCAUUUGAUUCUUAGGAAAAAGAAUUAAAAUUUGAAGAAUAUAAGAGUUCUAUCUAAUAAUAAGAAGAUUAAGAACCACCUAAUAGAGAAGAAUGGGAGCUUAAGUAUGAUGAAGAACAUCCCUUACCAAAAAUCCCAGAAAAUGUACCAGAUGAUGUUGAUAAUGAUUUUGAUGAAGAAUGA